AUGAGCCAUGGCCCUUCCUUUAGCGCCCAACACCCUCCACAUCCAGUGCAUUCGCCCUACCAAAGCGUGGGACAGCAUAAACGACUUCACAAAUCCCCGCCUCCUCGACACCAAACGGGCCCUGCUUCAUAUGGAUCUAACCUUGGCUCUCUUAACCAGAAUCAACCACACAGCGCCUUCAGCCAUCACCAUCGACAGUCGUCUGUCGAUCCAUUUCCCUCGUUUUCACCCGGGCAGUACCUAUCGUCGCAGCACCAACACCGUCCAGCACCGGUAGCUGAGCACCAACGCCCACCACCGCCGAAUGUACUUCCGCCUUAUGGCAAUUACUAUCCCAGCGCCAGCUAUCCGCCGACGGGGCCGAAUAUCCCGUCUCCCCCGUUACCCCCAUUUCAACCGCUAGAUCCUUCUGAAAUCGAUGCAGAGCGACAAGUGUUAACAAGCAGUCCGGAUAUAGCGCUCCCUCCGGAACACCAUCUAUCGCGAACCAACCCAUACAUAAAUCCAUAUCUCCGGCCGCGACAAGAUUCGGUCUCGAUCGCUACCCAACCGGAAGCCAUCCAGCCACCUCUACAACCCACAGCUCAGGGCCCUGAAUCGACCAGUGACGACGACGAGCUUGCUCAAGCUCUUGCCUUGUCGCAGACAGAGAAUGAGGCGCGCCAGAAGUUGGAGGAACAACUUCGGCAGCAGGAAGAAGAGGACCUUGCACGUGCCCUUGCAGAAUCCAUGCUCUCAACUGGGAACAACAUCGACAUUACUUCCAAUCCCUUCUUUGCAGAAUUCAGCGGGGUUGCCUCUAGUUCCAAAUUCACGCUGGAGUCCUCAACCUCCACAGAGGUUACGAUGGAAUAUAGAGUCUCUUCAGUCUCUCAGGUCGAACCCGAUGACGUUGAUGCUACAGAUAGCUUCAGUCAGGACCGGAUGCCAGGGAAAGAGGAAAUAGUGCGCAGUGACAGAAGACAAAGUAGCAUUGCACUAGGAAAGCGCCCCGCGUUAGACAGUGCUGGAUCUUCAAGUUCCCCUGUGUUGGAACCGGCCCUUGAGGCCUCUGGCGCAGGCCAUGAAGAACGCCCGUUCUUGGUGGAAGAGGAGCCCGAAAAGGUGACCCCUGCUCAAAAGCGUCGAGAUGACACCGGGCGUAAUCAAGGGAAGAGUUCUUAUUCGCUUGAUACAGUGGCGGAGGAGCCUUAUUUCGCGUCGACGAAAGGCGGCGAACAAUCCCUCUUAUUCUCUACACCAGUUCCUGAUCGGCAUGUAGGUCAAUUGACCCAUUCACCAUCAUCCUCAACCUCCAACCAGAAAUCGUUUCUGGACAUACCUCAAUCGAAUCCGUCUAGGCCUGAAUCGCCGUCGGAAAUUGCUUAUUAUAACGACGAGCCCCCUUCUCCAUUGCCAGAUAGCCAAACGAUAGUUCCCAACCCGUCCCCACCUGUAAACCAGGACACGAAAACCGAGUACAUUCGCCCCGCCCACAAACCGGCCAACUCCGUCAGUGGCUAUCGCAUCCAUGCGUCCAGUAUUUCAUCCAAUCAGCCACCCUCGGUUUUCAGCGUUCAGUCAUCCCCAACCGCGGCAUCAGGGAGUGCUAUUUCCAACAGUCCCAUUCAAACGUCCCGCCCAAUCCCAUCCACGACCUCGAGCAACUCUCUUCCUCUAACCCUGUCCCGUAUUUCCUCCAACCUCGGCUCUGAAGACGAUCACCAAGGUUCGACGCCUGCAGUGGCCCCAACUCCCUUGAAUCCGAACCAGUUUAUCGACCCGGAACUACUCGUGGGUGUUUCCAUCGGCUUUACGCAGCCUACUCUUUCGCCCGUCCGGAAACCAAUGGAGGGCGCUGUACCAAAUAUUAUUUCUUUGCCCUAUGGUCGAUGUCCGGCUCUGCAUAUUCAAGCCCCGUCAUGGAAACAUGUCCUCAAGCUAAUGGCAAGAAUGAGCAGCACGAAGUUCGAGCCGACAGUGCAGGCAAUGGCGAUUACCAAGACCGAGCUGAAGCUCAGGACUGUAGUUCAAUUCGUGAGGCCAUCACCCAGCAGUUCAGAAUGGCGAACCCUGCUCUGGUUCAAAAUUGACCAUCCCGUACCAUCUAAUCACCCCAACGCACAAAAAUACAACAGCGGACACCCCAACACCCUCCCUUACGCGUUCACGUUGAUGUCACUACCCCUUGUCCUGCAAAACGCUGCAGACAGCCCGAUAUCCAAAACGUAUACCAUCCCCGCUACUGAAUCACUUCCCUUUCCAACGCUACCCAUCAGCUUCCCCAAUCUUGCUCUCUAUCUCCAAGCGGCGUUGGACUUUUCUCGUGCGCAGAAAGACGACAGUCAUGGUUACCGCAAACUCGCAAAAAUGGUCAGCACAUGCUAUCCCAACACAGAGAGCGACACGUCCUUGGAGGGACCGGACAAGAGCAGUGUCGGAGACUUGUUUAAACGCGUGAUUGGUCGAAAGGAUAAGAAGCAAAAGGGUAAAACAAAUAACGAUACUUAUGACCUGAUCACACCAUUCGUGCCAGACGAGUGGGGUUGA